CCGGAACGAAGUUCUGACAGCUGAUUUCUCCAAUCAGUUCAUAUCCACUUCUAAACCCUAAAUAAUAAUUUCUGGAGUUAUUUACAACCGGACGUGCCUCCUGUAAUCUCCGGCUGGAGUCGCAGACAGCGCCGAGAACAGAGAGCAGCUGAUUAUGGUGUAGCACGGAGCGCUAGCUCUGAGACAGCAGGCAUUUGAGCAGCAGUGCAGUGCAGCACAGCGCAGCGUGGGGCAGAGCGAGGCAGAUCACAGCACCGUAGCCAUGCUUACAUUGGCCAGUAAGCUGAAGAGGGAUGAUGGAGGGAAGACGGGUCGUGCCUCUGGAGCCUCCGACUCCACCCACAGGGUCUCGAUCAGGGACCGCCUCCUUACCAAAGAAGUUGCAGAACUUGAAGCCAAUCUCCCUAGUACAUGCAAAGCCAGUUUCCCAGAUGAGGACAAGCUGCAUCAUUUUCAGCUGGCAGUUUCUCCUGAUGAGGGUUACUACCAAAGUGGAAGGUUUCAAUUUGAAAUAGACGUCCCAGAAGCCUAUAACAUGGUGCCUCCUAAAGUGAGAUGUCUGACCAGAAUAUGGCAUCCUAACAUCACAGAGAAUGGAGAGAUCUGUUUGAGCUUAUUGCGGGAACACUCUAUUGAUGGCACAGGCUGGGCCCCCACCAGAACAUUAAAGGAUGUGGUCUGGGGAUUGAACUCCUUGUUUACUGACCUAUUGAACUUUGAUGACCCGUUGAACAUCGAUGCAGCAGAACAUCAUUUGAGAGACAAGGAGGAUUUUCGGAAUAAGGUUCAAGAUUACAUCAAGCACUACGCCAGAUGAUAGAAGCAUCGGCUACCCACAUCAGCCUGCACCAACCAACCAACCAAACUGCUCUACCUUGCCUCUGCUUAUCUUGGCCAACUCCCACCCACGUGUGUGAAUCAACAGCUGACUCUGACUCUUACCACUCCCCUCCUCCUGACACCACAGCCCCGCUCAUGCCCUGCUGUUCACGCGAUUGCAAUAAACUCCACGUUGCAGGAAUGAAAUUAAAAAAAAAGAAAAGAAACGAAAUUAUGCUUUUGAGGAAGGGCUUGCAUACAAAAGAUAAAUAUGCUUUAAUUAUCCUAAUCGAUCGAGUGUUGCGACGACCACGAUGUCUGUUCAUUGUGGCGAGAUCACUGAAUGACGCUGCCUCGCUGAGCCCGUCAGAGACCGGCCAUGGCAACGACACGGCGAGGGAUUAGAUGUGGUGAUGUGAAAUUUGACUAAUCAAGAGAAAGAAUAUCUGUUACUAUCAGUUCUCUGUUCCAGUGCCUGCCAUGUUUGUGUCACUAAAGAGAAAAUGCAUGUGAGUUCACAAACAUAUAGACACACACGGUGUCAAAUCCUGUCGUAAAAGGUGAACACAUACAUACACAGCCCCACGAGACAGCAUGUGAAUGACCACAUUGUCCUGUUCUGUUGUCAUUCUCCUUGCAUGCACACACACAAACAAACAAACACACACACACACACAAAUCGCAUACAGACCUUCUGUGUGCGUUCAGCUCCAGUGGGGUAAAGUACGACUACUACAGCCAAAUGUAAUGUACUGUUUUCAGCUUCACCUCGUCUCUGUGCCCCGGCUCUCCCUCUCUGUCCUCCCUCCAUCUGUCUCUGUGUUUCAUGCACACACACAACCGCAUGCACCUUUCUCCAUUGAGGAUGGAGAGGUUUGAUUCAUACUCAAAGUGCAAUCAGAAAGUACUGGGACAGUGGCGUGUUUUUUGAUGUGUUCGCUCUGUGCUUCUGCACAAUUGAUUCAGAAUGAAGCAAUGACUCCACUAGGUUUAAUGAACAGCAUGUUGAACAUGUGAACAUAAAGAGGCUAUAAUGGAUGUCUUUAUAAUAGCAAAGUAUCAAAUGACUGUGAAAAUAAUGUGACAAAUAAUGUGAAAGGGGUCCUCAUAGAGAUAAACCUGCAGAGAAUUAUCACUUGAGUUUGUAAGCUCCCCUCGGCUUUUCGUUACUUUAUCGUGAAUUUCACCUCAUUGUGCAGCUGUCGGGCCGCAACUUUACUUUGUUGGUACACUGUCACCGCUCUCAUAGUGUCAUUUUCAGUGAAAAAGCUCUAAAAACCCACUGAAAACCUCCUGCUCAGCACCAAACAGCAGACGAACACAGUAUAGAGUAUUUAGAAGCUUAAAGAGCCAGAUAUUUCCCUCAAGUGCUGGUAGACCUGCCAGAAACAAAUGAAAGAGAGUGAACGUCAGACUUAGAUUGAGCAUGUGCAGAAACAUGUGGUCAAACAAAUGAUUAUGUUGCUCUGACUACUCAAUGUGCAAAUAAUCUUCAGUUUGCUAACAAGUGUGGCGCAUCAACAAAAGCUGAUAUUGUUUCCGUCCGCAAGCUCAUGAUUAUUUUCCUAAAAUUUGGGGGUUACUACGAGUCCUAUAUUGUUCACCCAACAUGUGAACACCUCUAAAAACACCCUUAAAGUCAAGAUGAUAUGAGAAAUGCCUUUUUAAACCUUCACACAUCACCGGUCAAAAUAUAUGCUUGAAUAAUACAAAAUAAAUCUAUUUCUUUACAUUCUUACAUUAAAAUUGCUUACUUCCUGUAAAACACAGUAUGUCGUGUGCUUGCGUAAUACGAUUAGCUAGCUAGCUAGAAACAGCAUGGUAUGCCGGUGUGUCUUUGCGUGUUCGCCACCUCAAACCUUGUUCCGGUUCCUCAAAAUACCGUGUUUACAGGCCCGCUGGUGAGAAUUGAUCCGCUAUGGGGAAAGUGGUUUCAGUGACAGCGCCAGAUUAUGCACAAUCAUGAUCGAUGGGUUUCAUCCAUCUCCUUCUGACGGAUACCGCCAUCCCGUUAUCGCUUUUCAACGUUCAGUUAAAAUUUGUCCCGACGCUCUGUUCCGUUCGCCCGUCUGUCCUGUUUUCCCUCAGAAAUGUGUCACGAUCCAUCCAGACUUUAAAGCUGAAAGUCAGCGAUUUAACCUCACAGUCGUUGUUUCAUUUCACCGUCGUUGUGCUGCAGCCGACAUUUUGCUGUCCCAACACUCUAUGACUGCAGUGUACACCCCCUCUCAUGGUGGUUACUGUGGGAGGUGUCCCAAGCUGACGUGGAGUGUGUCUUUCUGGAAGGACAGCACUCCACUCUCUCUUUCUCUUUGUGUGUGUGUGUGUGUGGAUGUGUUUGGAGAAGUCAAUAGCAGAUGUUCAUAAAGUCACUCGGAUAGCAAGCUAACUAGCUAGUGAGCUUACUAGCUAGCUAGUGGUUUUCACGCAGUGCCAGGGACUCUCAUCAAGCAUGUGCAGCACUUGAUGUCUAUUCAAUGUGGCAGGCUAACCUACUUUAGGCUAAUGUAGGCUAGCUCAUAGCCAAGAAGCUACAUCUCAUGAUACUUGGGGUGCUGCCAUUGAUGCACUCUGGGGGAACUGAUCAUGAUGCAUGUCUGCAAGUGAGAUUAGCUUGCACGCUACAAUGCUUAUUAACUCACUUCUUAGCUUGUUAGCUUUUUGCAUAGGCUGAGCUGACUAGAGUAAGCGAUGAGGUGCAAUGCACUGUGGGACGCCGCUGGUGAUUACGAGCUAAUCAGAUAACCACAAAAUGUUUUUAUGAACUUCUGCCAUUGUUUUGGUCAUAAAAUGUGUGUGUGCGUGUGUGUUAAAGAAAGAAAGAGAGACUGUCACUCAGUUAGCCAAUGAGGGCAUGCCGUGCGUAUGUUUGUGUAUGUGUGUGUGUGUGUGUUUGUCAGCCCUGGCUAGCGUUGUGCCUCUGGUUUGAGUCGUCUGUCUGGUCAUUAAGACUGCUCUCACUCCAUUCAGCUUUGUGUUCACACGUCUGCAUGAGGCAAAGUCUCCGCGAUCUGCCAGUGGUGCAUUUUACUAAGGAUGUCAGAAAUGUAGUUGUCGAAGGUCAAAACUUUACGUCUGAGGUGUGUGUGUGUGUACAGACUGAAAUCAUGUGCUUGGUGAUGCUUGGUUUGUGUGAGCGUGCGCGUGUGUGUGUGAGCAGUUACAGUACGACAUGUGUUGAAAUGAUGUGAUAUGUUAGCAUGCUCUGGUUCCCUCUUCUCUUUUUGUUAUUCUGGCCCAGGGUUCAACAGCUCAAAUUAUUAUUGUUUUCCUCGAGAAAGUGAACAGAAUAACCGACGACACUGACUUCUGCCAAAACAAAGGACCUGAGGAUAUGACAAACACCAAGUCCGUAGAAAGCAGAUGUGAAUGUGGGCGCUCCAUAGCAUUUUCCAGCAUGGUUUUGGUCCACUAAGACUUUGACAGCUAAUGCAGCUGCCUAUUAAUUUAAAGCCAUCCUGCAUAAUUGCCGUGACAGUUAAUUGUCAUGGUAGUAGUUGCCUCCAGGAUAUGACAGCCCAGCACUCUGUACUUAAUCUUAGCCUUACUAGUACUCUGAUUUCAGCUUCCUGUUGGACAUCUUGUCAUAUGUCCUUUAAUUUGGCAGUCAGCAGUGUGUUUUGCCCCCCAGGAUGUCAUUGGGAAUUGUCUCUGCUUGGGCUAACUCCAUCUUUGGGCCAGAGGAGGAAGAUUAACAACCUGUUCUUCUUCAAGUCCUCAACCUUUUCUUUCUCAGAUUGUAUAUCCAUUUUUUAAGAUAUAUUAAAAGAGAAU